UGCGUGCACAGCCAGAGGGGGAGUUCAGCUCAUUUCACCGUUCAUCGAUGCCGCGUGACGCUUAAACACGGACAACGCGCGCCGAACGCGAGGAAGCUCUCGCGCUCUCUCACGCGCAAAAUAACGAAUGCAUACUGAUGAAUUUGAAUUUACCGUGUCAGAUCGGACCCGAGCGUUUUAAUCGAUGUCGGAGUUUUAUCUCUGGAUAUAAGCCGAAUCAUCAUCAUCUGAAAGGAAAGACCUCAUCAAAGAGGCAAAUUAUGCCAGCAGUACCAGAGUCCCUCUCUCUGGUGACGUGCCAGCCUGUUGGUGAGACCCUCCGCUCCAGCGCCCACCCCUGUGCCCUCUCCCCUGGCAGGCCCAUGCUGGUGGACGCCCUGCUCAGGUCCACGCCCGCACCAUGAGCGCCAACGGCCCUGCUCCGCCUGCUGCGACUCCUGCCGCGCCCCCCGCAGCUUCCGUGCCUGUAUCCUCGGUGGUACCGGUCGGCUCGCUAGCCCAGAAGAAGCGGCAGCAGUAUGCCAAGAGCAAAAAACAGGGCAGUUCGGCCAACACGCGGCCGCAGAGAGCUCUCUUCUGCCUCAACCUCAACAACCCCAUCCGCCGGGCCUGUAUCAGCCUUGUGGAAUGGAAGCCAUUUGAUAUCUUUAUAUUGAUAGCGAUUUUCGCCAACUGCAUGGCCUUAGCUGUAUACAUCCCCUUUCCCGAGGAUGAUUCCAACUCAACCAACCACGACCUGGAAACAGUCGAAUAUGCCUUCCUUAUCAUUUUCACGAUCGAAACCUUCUUGAAGAUCAUAGCGUAUGGCUUGGUGAUGCAUCAGAACGCAUAUGUCCGAAAUGGAUGGAACAUGCUGGAUUUCGUCAUUGUCGUUAUAGGAUUGUUUAGUGUUGUCUUGGAAGUUUUGACCAAAGAUGGAGAGAAGGAAGCUGUUGGAGCCCAUCCGUCCGUGCACGGCCACGGAGGGAAACCAGGAGGUUUCGACGUCAAAGCCCUCAGAGCCUUUCGAGUGCUGCGACCGCUUCGCCUGGUCUCAGGAGUGCCCAGUUUACAGGUGGUGCUGAACUCCAUCAUUAAAGCCAUGGUUCCUCUCCUCCACAUCGCCCUGCUGGUUCUGUUUGUCAUCAUCAUCUACGCCAUCAUCGGUUUGGAGCUUUUCAUUGGAAAAAUGCACGCUACUUGUUAUUUUCAAGGGACAGAGAUAAUAGCAGAGGAUGAACCUGCACCGUGUGCUGUUAAUGGUCAUGGUCGUACAUGUCCUAUCAAUGGCACUGUGUGUAAGGAGGGCUGGCACGGCCCCAACGGAGGCAUCACAAACUUCGACAACUUCAUGUUUGCCAUGCUCACUGUGUUUCAGUGCAUUACCAUGGAGGGCUGGACGGAUGUACUCUACUGGAUGAAUGAUGCUAUGGGGUUGGAGCUGCCCUGGGUGUACUUUGUGAGCUUGGUCAUCUUCGGCUCUUUCUUCGUCUUGAACCUGGUUCUGGGUGUGUUGAGCGGAGAGUUCUCUAAAGAGCGAGAGAAGGCAAAAGCUCGUGGAGAUUUCCAGAAGCUACGGGAAAAACAACAGCUGGAGGAAGAUCUGAAAGGUUAUCUGGACUGGAUCACGCAGGCGGAAGACAUUGACCCUGAGAAUGAGGAAGAUGAUGAAGAAAGCAAACGCAACCGGGUUACAUUGGCCAGCCUCAUGGAGAAGAAGAAGAAAGGGUUUGGCUGGUUCAGCCAGUCCUCUGACACUCAUGCGAGUAUGCCGGCGAGUGAGACCGAAUCCAUGAAUACAGAGAAUGAGAAAGUAGAAGAUGAGAAGGCGACAUGUUGUGGCCCUACAUGUCAAAAAAUUUCAAAAUCAAAGUUCAGUCGGCGCUGGCGUCGCUGGAACCGGUUGUGUCGGAGAAACUGUCGUUUGGCUGUGAAAUCUGUGCCGUUCUACUGGCUGGUGAUCAUCCUGGUGUUCCUCAACACUUUGACCAUCUCAUCAGAACAUUACAACCAGCCUAUGUGGCUCACACAAGUACAGGAUGUGGCCAAUAAAGUGCUGCUGGCCCUGUUCACAUGCGAGAUGUUGGUGAAGAUGUACAGUCUGGGCCUGCAGGCUUAUUUUGUGUCUCUCUUUAAUCGUUUUGACUGCUUUGUGGUGUGCGGAGGCAUCACAGAGACGAUCCUAGUGGAGCUUGAGAUCAUGUCACCUCUCGGCAUCUCAGUGUUUCGAUGUGUACGACUUCUCAGGAUCUUUAAAGUCACACGUCAUUGGGCAUCUCUCAGUAACUUGGUGGCAUCUCUCCUGAACUCCAUGAAGUCCAUCGCAUCUCUACUGCUGCUGCUGUUCCUCUUCAUCAUCAUCUUCAGCCUCCUCGGUAUGCAGGUGUUCGGCGGCAAGUUUAACUUCGACGAGACACAAACAAAGAGGAGCACCUUUGACAACUUCCCUCAGGCCUUGCUCACUGUGUUUCAGAUUCUGACCGGUGAAGACUGGAAUGCCGUCAUGUACGAUGGAAUUAUGGCAUACGGUGGCCCAUCAUCAUCAGGAAUGAUUGUGUGCAUCUACUUCAUCAUUCUCUUCAUCUGUGGAAACUACAUUCUUCUGAAUGUGUUCUUGGCUAUCGCUGUGGACAACCUUGCAGACGCAGAGUCUCUGAACACAGACAAUGAUGAUAAGAAGAAAGGUGAUGAAAUUGAUGAAAUUGAAGAUGAUCCCAAGGUUGGAGAGGAGGAUGAGAAGGAGAAUGCAGAGGAGGAUGAAGAAGAGCCGGACGUUCCUGCGGGGCCCCGCCCACAGAUCUCAGAGCUCGUUAAGAAGGAGAAAAUCACUCCAAUCCCAGAGGGCAGUGCGUUCUUCAUCUUUAGCAACACAAACCCAAUUCGAGUCGCCUGCCACAAGCUGAUAAACCACCACAUCUUCACCAACCUCAUCCUCGUGUUCAUUAUGCUAAGCUCCGCCUCCUUGGCAGCUGAGGACCCAAUCAGAAACUUCUCUGCCCGUAAUAUUGUCCUAGGCUAUGCAGAUUAUGUCUUCACUAGUAUGUUUACAUUUGAGAUCGUGUUGAAGAUGACCACAUAUGGCGCGUUUCUCCACAAGGGGGCGUUCUGCAGGAACUACUUUAAUCUUCUAGAUCUGCUGGUGGUUGGCGUGUCGCUGGUGUCCUUCGGAAUUCAAUCGUCAGCCAUCUCAGUGGUGAAGAUUCUGAGGGUUCUGAGGGUGCUGCGUCCACUCAGGGCCAUAAACAGAGCUAAAGGACUGAAGCAUGUGGUCCAGUGUGUGUUUGUGGCCAUCAGGACUAUUGGAAACAUCAUGAUUGUCACCACACUGCUACAGUUUAUGUUCGCCUGCAUUGGUGUACAGCUCUUCAAGGGGAAGUUUUACCGUUGUAACGAUGAAGCCAAGUCCAGCCCAGAGGAGUGCAAGGGAACGUAUAUCAUGUAUAAGGAAGGAGAUGUGAACCAGCCAAUCAUUCAGAAGCGUCAUUGGCACAACAGCGAUUUCAACUUCGACAACGUACUCAUGGCCAUGAUGGCUCUUUUCACAGUGUCCACAUUUGAAGGCUGGCCAGCGUUGCUGUACAAGGCCAUAGACUCCAACCGGGAGAACAUGGGUCCGAUCUACAACUACCGUGUGGAGAUUUCCAUCUUCUUCAUCAUCUACAUCAUCAUCAUCGCCUUCUUCAUGAUGAACAUCUUCGUGGGUUUCGUCAUCGUUACCUUUCAGGAACAGGGAGAGAAAGAGUACAAGAACUGUGAGCUGGACAAGAACCAGCGCCAGUGUGUGGAGUAUGCAUUAAAAGCGCGUCCUCUCCGGAGGUACAUCCCAAAGAACCCGUACCAGUAUAAGUUCUGGUAUGUGGUGAACUCCACCGGCUUCGAGUACAUCAUGUUUGUCCUGAUCUUACUCAACACCAUCUGUCUUGCCGUGCAGCACUACGGUCAGUCCGAGCUGUUCAAUUAUGUUAUGGACAUCCUGAAUAUGGUCUUCACUGCCGUCUUCACUGUGGAGAUGGUACUCAAACUGAUAGCCUUCAAACCCCGGCAUUAUUUCACUGACGCAUGGAACACAUUUGACGCCUUAAUUGUUGUCGGUAGCGUCGUAGAUAUUGCUAUCACUGAAGUCAACCCCACAGAGGCACCUCAGGUGGAUGAGGCGGGGAACACAGAGGACAGUGCUCGCAUUUCCAUUACCUUCUUCCGUCUUUUCCGAGUGAUGCGAUUGGUCAAGCUGCUGAGCAGGGGGGAGGGCAUUCGAACCCUCCUCUGGACCUUCAUCAAGUCCUUCCAGGCCCUGCCAUAUGUCGCUUUGCUGAUAGCCAUGCUCUUCUUUAUCUACGCUGUCAUUGGAAUGCAGGUGUUUGGGAAAAUCGCCAUGGUGGACCACACGCAAAUCAACAGGAACAAUAACUUUCAGACGUUCCCCCAGGCUGUGCUUCUGCUCUUCAGAUGUGCAACAGGUGAAGCCUGGCAGGAGAUCAUGUUGGCAUGUAUGCCAGGGAAGCUGUGUGAUCCGGAGUCAGACUAUAAUCCUGGAGAAGAGAUGACUUGUGGGAGCAGCUUCGCCAUCAUCUACUUCAUCACCUUCUACAUGCUCUGCGCCUUCCUGAUCAUUAACCUGUUUGUGGCUGUCAUCAUGGACAAUUUCGACUAUCUGACCCGUGAUUGGUCGAUUCUGGGGCCACAUCAUCUUGAUGAAUUUAAAAGGAUUUGGUCAGAAUAUGAUCCAGAGGCCAAAGGCAGAAUAAAGCAUCUUGAUGUAGUGACGUUGUUACGGCGGAUUCAGCCGCCUCUUGGUUUUGGGAAACUCUGUCCUCAUAGAGUCGCUUGCAAGAGGCUGGUGGCUAUGAACAUGCCUCUGAACAGUGACGGCACCGUCAUGUUUAACGCUACACUUUUUGCUCUUGUGAGAACUGCACUGAAGAUCAAAACAGAAGGUAACCUAGAGCAGGCGAAUGAAGAGCUGCGAGCCGUAAUUAAGAAGAUCUGGAAGAGAACAAGCAUGAAACUUUUGGAUCAAGUGGUGCCCCCUGCUGGUGAUGAUGAGGUAACGGUGGGGAAGUUCUAUGCCACUUUCCUGAUACAGGACUACUUUAGGAAAUUCAAGAAACGCAAAGAGGAAGGCCUGGUGGGCGUUCACCCAGCACAGAACAACACGGCCGUCGCCCUGCAGGCUGGCCUCCGUACGCUGCAUGACAUUGGGCCAGAAAUACGCCGUGCGAUAUCAUGUGACCUGCAGGAUGAUGAGCUAGUAGACUUUUUGCCAGAGGAGGACGAAGAAAUUUAUAGGCGAAACGGAGGACUCUUUGGCAACCACAUUAACCACAUAAACGGAGACACCCGGAGGAGCUCUGGCCACCAGACGAACGCCACACAGCGCCCCCUGCAGGUGCAGCCGCCCCCACAUUACGCCCACAUGGAACAACCUGUGGGGCGCCUGGGCCGUGCCAAUGCAAUGGCGCAGCAAAACCAUCAUCGCCACCACCACCACCAUCAUCACCAUCAUCAUCACAACUCCUACAACAAGUCGCCCAAGUCUACCAACAUCAACCUAAACAACGCCAACAUGUCCAGUUUACCUAACGGAGGACACAAUCGGUACUACGAGCAUAUGCCCGCUAAUGGCUACCCGGGAUCGUAUUAUGGAGAAUAUGAGAAGCCCAGGACCCCACAUGGGCAAAGAAGGCGCUACUAUGAGACGUACAUUAGGUCGCAGGGCAGCGACAGAAGACGACCCACUAUACGCCGCGAAGAGGAGUAUGAAGAAGAUCGUUACUCUGGAGAGUACUACAGCGGAGAGGAGUUUUACGAAGAUGACAGCAUGCUGUCGGGUGAUAGGUACCCCAAUAGUGAUCAGGAGUACGAGACGCCACGGGGUUACCACCAUCCUGACGGUUACUAUGAUGAUGACGAGCAGCCCCUUUAUCACGAUCCACGUAGAUCACCAAAGAGAAGACUGCUUCCUCCAACACCGCAAGGUAAUCGGAGACCAUCAUUCAAUUUUGAGUGUCUGCGCAGACAGGGCAGUCAAGAUGAUCUUCCUCACCAGCGAACUGCUCUUCCAUUACAUCUCAUGCAACAUCAGGUGAUGGCGGUAGCGGGUCUAGACUCCAGCAGGGCUCACAGGCUUUCACCUACUCGAUCUACCAGAUCGUGGGCGUCACCUCCUCUCACUCCUGCAAGUAAAGACAGAACGCCGUACUACACGCCGCUGAUCCGUGUGGACCGUCCGCUGAGGGACAGCGCAAGCAGCAGUCACUCAUCCAUCAGGAAGAGUUCAUGGUAUACAGAUGAUCCCGAGUACCAGCAGAGGAACUACUCACCUGUUCAUCUGCAGGUCCCACCGGAGUAUCGAAACCAGUACCACCAGAAGAGAGGUAGCGCUACCAGCCUGGUAGAGGCGGUCUUGAUAUCAGAAGGACUGGGUCGAUACGCCAAGGAUCCAAAGUUCGUGGCUGCCACGAAGCACGAGAUCGCGGAUGCGUGCGAGAUGACCAUCGACGAAAUGGAGAGCGCCGCCAGCCAUCUCCUGAACGGCGGCAUUACGCCGGUAGUCAAUGGCGUCAACGUGUUCCCCAUACUGGGCCACAGAGACUACGAGCUGCAAGAUGUCUCGGCUAGCUACAGCGAUGAGGAACCGGACCCCGAACCCAGACCGCCAUACGAGGAGGACCUGGCAGACGAAAUGAUAUGCAUUACCACUUUAUAGCACCUGGUAAGCGGCUGCUGCUUGUUCCUCAGAAACUGAUCAGCGAAACAAAAAAAUAUAAACUUUAUUUAUUGGCUUACUACCUAAAGAAGUGCCUUUACAGCAGAGCAGAAAGGCACCACAAGAACGGACGCAUCGGUGCCGCGCGCUCGCUUCCUGUUCAUGCAGGAACUUGGCAGUCACGGCACCGGGGAGGAGCUAAGAAGGACCGCCCCGAACUUUAAUUGGCUGCUCGUACCGUCACUGCAGGAAAUGGACCAAUGAGCAGCGAGGCGAGGUACACAGGGGCAGGCUGUUUCCAAGGUGAUGACAAUCAGAAAGAAUAUGUCAUUACCUCAGUCACUUUAUUAAGGGUUUUGCAUAUCAAGCACGUUGCAAGCUCAAUGCAAGCAAGUAUGGCAUAUCCCUCCACAAAGGCUUUAGUUUCGACUCGCCCGUAUGAUUACUUUAGUAACGGUUAAGGCAUAUUUUAGAGAACAAACGCUAAUUCUACAACACUGGUUUACAAUAAGGAUAUCAUGCAGGUUUGUGGAUUUCAAGAGGAUUUCAGCAUUUGUGUUGAAUGCACUAGCAGACAGGUUAUUUUUUUAAUUUAGGAUAGCCUGUUUGAUAUUUCAUAAUAUGCUGUAAAUGACUUGUAAUAUAUAAAGCAAAAGAAAAACUUUGUAAAGAGACAUUAUAUAUUUUGUAAUUAUGUACUGUACAAAAAAGCAGCAAUAUUAAUCCUAAUUGAUGUUAUUGCAUUACAAAAAAGACAAAAUUUGGUGUUAUUUUAAUAGGUACUGUACUUUAUUAAAUUCUUUGCCUUUAUUCUUUGCUCAUAUGCAUUCAUACUUGUUUGUGAAAAGUAUAGAACAAAAAAGCCAAUUUUAUAUGAGGUUAUGUCUGUGACACACCCGCACAAGAUAUGCAAGUCGUUUUCUCAGUGUCCGUUUCAUAAGCAUAACCGACAUAGUGUUUCCUUCAAAUCUAUGGCAUGCAGUAUGGGUCACGAACGUUGACCUCCUUUAUGGGGAAUUUAGUAGGGCUUACAGAAUCGUGUGUCUUGUUUGUGUAUAUUAAAAGAGUCUGUCGAAAAGGACUUCCCAUUUUAAGGGUUCGUGUGCGUGUUUCGUUGCAUAUUUUGUGCAGGGGAGGUGCACAGGAAGGUGCAAUGGUAAAUGCUUUGUGCAUUAACAAUGCUGCUUAAUUAGUCUGCAAUUAAACUGUACGACCCUCACCAGAAACAUGCUGCCACUUGGAAAAGCCUGCUGCCACUGGCUGAUCUAUAGCUGAUCUAGAAAUUGCGCAAGGGUUUCAGAUCAACCAAUCAUUUCCACCGAUGUAUUUAGGUGUUUUGAAUACUGAAAUCUUCCUUUAGUUUUAUAAUAAUGAUGAUAAUGAAGAUGAUUAUGACGACAAAAUAUGAUUAUGGGGGAGUUUUAGGUUGUUUGAAGUGUAUGUUCGCAUCAUGCAUCCUUAAAGGAACAGUUUGUGCAAAAAUGAAAAUCCUGUUUUAUUCACUCACAGUCACUGUCAUGUCAUCAAAACUGCUGUUUUUUUUUGUUUUGUUCUUGUUUUCCCAUGGAACACGGGGAUAAUAUUUAAUGCUCAAAAGUUAUUAUAUAUAGUAACAGUAUAUAAACAGUAGAGAAUAGCACUAGCAGCACCAAGGACAUGGGUUUGAUUCAGAGGGAAUAAAAAGUGCAAUUUAAGGGCGUUUUCACACCUGGUUUGUUUGGAGCAUUUGUUUCGGAAUCUGGUGCAUAUUCUCCCUUAGUUCAGUUGGUUUAGGCAUAUAUGAACACGGCAAUCUCGCUCUGAUCCGCACCUAAAAAAUUGGUCCGAGAUCACCUAAACGAGGUGGUCUCAGCCCGCUUGAAAACAAACUCAGCAGCAGUGUUUGAAUCGUGGGUUAACUUGGAGAAAAACGAAGUGAAAUGUCUAAUUGAAAUCUUGAAAGUCAGCCAAAUCGCAUAAAAAUACAGAUGAAUACUUGAUUCAUGCUUUAAAUCAGGGGUGUCCAAAUGUUUUUAAAAGGGGGCCAGACUUAAUGUCGUGGACACAUCUGGGGGCCAGUUCCUUUUCUAUUUUUAUAUAUAUAUAUAUAUAUAUAUAUAUAUAUAUAUAUAUAUAUAUAUAUAUAAAAACAUCUUUGGAAAAAAUUUAUUUGAAGUGUAAUUUAGUUGUUUCGUUUGUUUCACGUCCCAUUAGAUUACAUGGAGAGGGGGCGGGGUUUAUGACCUAUACUGAAACCAGCCACCUGGGGGCAAUCAAAACGUUUUGGCUUCACUUUUCAGGAUUGUGCGGCACACUCGGUCUAGCCUGAAUUAUUUUUUUUAUUUAUUUUUUGGUCAUGACUUGAGCAUUUAGAAGCAAAAUUUAUGAGCGAAUUUCAUUGGUGAUUUCAAAUAUGAAUUUUAGUCGUAAGCUUGGUGAACAGCUUUGGAGAAUUUGAUGUUUCCCCAUUCAGAGAGAUAACUGUACUUGCCUGACUAAAAUAGCUGCCCGAGAGGCGUUUCAAAGAUGGCCGCCGAGUGAAAUGACGUGCCUCAAAGGGACUUUGGUAAUACAACACAAUAAGCCAGUGGAGCUGUUGUUUAUCCUAUCUUGAGGGAUGACCGAAUUGAGCGGAAUCCCGGAACAUAAACAGGUGCAUUCUGACCAAUGAGAGGACAGGUUACUUGCAUGUGACUUGUAUUAACAAAUUUUGGUCUGUUUAGAAAUGUUUCCUUAUGAAAACCAAACCAAGAAGAAAUUGCAACAGUAGUAUUUUAAUCCCUGUUUCGGAACAAAGCAAACAAUCUACAGGUCUGAAAACGCCUAUAAAAGUGUCUGCCAAAUGCAUUAAUGUAAAUGUAAUCAUAAUGAUCAUGUCUGCCAACCUAGAAAAAAAUGACACAAGAGUGAGUAUCUAAUGACAGAAUUUUCAUUUUUGGGUGCACUAUCCCUUUAAGCAGGGCAAGAAACUGGUUAAGCAAUACUGACCCCCUUUCCCCCACUUUUGUGUUUAUUUUGCUUUUCUUUCUUUUAACUUCAGCUCUGGCUUCUGGAAAUACCUCUUUUAGAGCAGGGGAAACAUAUCAGCAUUUGAAGCGUCCUUUUUGUGAGCAUUUUUGCCUUUAAAGUGUUGUAAAUCUCUGUCCUUAGGCCUCAACAUGGGAUUACAUCAAUUCAAUUGACCUUUUGUCACUUCCAACAGGCAAAUUAAUGCUGAGCACUAUGGGCAAAAAAAAAAAAAAGUAAGACUGCAAAGGCCACUGCCUUGAAGUGUAAAGCUUCACUACAGCUUAAAUAAAGGGAAACGUAGGGUUUGUCGGAUGUUGUUGUUCUUGAGUGUUAUUGAUCUCUUGUGUUUUGGAAGAGUACUGUGCUUUUCAGUCAACCGAAUACUGUCAUUGAAACACUGCGUGUGCACAUCUGAAAGGGCUGAAAUGAUCCGUGUGGAAAAAAAAAAUAAAUGAAACGUUGUGUUCUGGUCUUCAUGUCAAUUAUACUGUAUCUUGUAAACGGACCAAUGCACAUUCUUGGCACAUUGUACUAUUCGUAGCAAUUACUGGUAAGGACAAUAAAAUAUGCAUUAUUUUUAUUAAACAAAGAAAAAACUUUUCAAAAAAACUUAUUAAACUAAAGAUUUAACUUUUACCUCGUGUCAGGGACUCCUGAAUAGAAAGAAAAAAUUUGGUUUCUUAAUAUACCAAUGGGAUUUUACUAUUAGCACAUUGCUGUUCGUCUUUGCACAAAUUACUGUAACGUGCAAUUUGUUUUCCCUGUUUUCUAUUCAUAUUUUGUGUAUCAAGGUGGGCGAAUUUUGUACUUUUUUCUGUGACUGUGCGUACGGUUUAGUGAAAUCUAUAUGUCAUUUACAUUUCACCUUUCAAUGCUGGGACAAACAGAAGAGGGGGGGGAAGUGCACUCCUCUGUAUUGUUAACGCUGAUAUGUUAACAAAAAAAUGGAAAAAAGUAUUACACAAGUUUUCAGAGCCACAUCUGUUGAUUAUCACAUUUUCAUCUAGAGUUGUUGCUAUACUAUUAUAUUCUUUUUCUUAAUAAUGCUGUAAGGAAACUUAAGAUUAUAGUGUAACAUAUGUACAUAUGUAACGGAAAGAUGCGUGGUGAUGUUCUCCAUUUGAAAGUCUUUAUCUUUGCUCUGUUAUGGUUUUUAUUCCAUGAAGAAAAAGAAAAAAGGGUUUCUCUUCGUAGCAGAUGACUUAUAAUAUCCCUCUAGGUUUUGUAUUGAUGCAUUUUUUGUAAUUUUCCUAUUUAUUUUGGCCUGGACUUGAUUUUAAUCAAUAUUGAAAUUUUAUUUUCUAAUGAUUAAUACAGAAUAAACUUAAUGAACAAACAA